AUGCGUCUGUUACUGUGGGUCCUUCUUGCAACAGUAAUCACGAUCCUGUCAAGCGCCGACGUAGCCUCGUCCAAGGCCACUCCGGCGACAAUCAACUCGGAUCUUCCCGUCCGCGAACUGACCGCCGAGACCAACACCAAUGGCAAAAGGCACUUGCGGGGCGACGAAAUGAGGUCGCCAUGGACUUUGAAGACGACGACGACUACGACGACGAAGAGCGCGGGAUCUCCGACCGUUGCAACCCGGAUGAAGGUUACGCUAGGGAAAAUGCAUAGCACCGCGAACAAGAAAAUGCAAAAGUUCAUGAUCGAGCGCCUGUUUAGAUGGGUAUACAAGAGAGGCGAGACGCCUCUGAGCGUUCGAACCAAGACGAUGGGGCAAAAAAACUACUGGUCGGCGCGUACAGAACGUGGUACGAGAGAAGAAUGGCAAUGCCUUGGAAGUACAAGUAAUGCGGACAGCACUGCAGCCUGCGCAGCAGAAGAGGCUAAAAUGAAACACAAGGAGGUUUCUCGCUAA